CCCCUACCGCUUACGUUAAUUUGGAACAGUUCGGUCGGCAUCAUCAUCAGACAUUGUGAUUCAACAAUGUUCUUGCCUUCCAAGGCUCCGCCGGUUGAUUUAUACAAAGAGGACGAAGACGACGAAGACGAAGGCCAAGAUAUGUUGAUCGAAGUCCCCUCUUCCAACGGAACCCUUCUACCACAAAAUCGUCAGCAACAGUUACUCAUCGGUAUGGCUGACAAUAACAGCAGCGGAAGCGGCGGUGACGAUAGCAGUCACGAAACAAACAACAAGGCUCCGAAGAAGCGGGCCGAGACCUGGAUUCAAGAUGAGACUCGAACCCUAAUUGGUCUUAGACGAGAGAUGGAUUCGUUAUUCAAUACAUCCAAAUCGAAUAAGCAUUUAUGGGAGCAGAUUUCUUCCAAGAUGAGACAUAAGGGUUUCGAUCGUUCACCGACGAUGUGUACAGAUAAAUGGAGGAACCUUCUGAAGGAAUUUAAGAAAGCCAAGCAGCAAGACCGCGGAGGAGUUAGUGGAGGAAGUGGAAGUGGGUCAGCUAAGAUGUCGUGUUACAAGGAAAUAGAUGAGAUUUUGAUUGAGAGAAACAAGAAUUCUGUUCACUACAAGAGCCCUUCAACUUCAAAGGUCGACUCUUUCAUGCAAGGCAUCGAAGACCCCAGUAUUUUCGGACCUGUAGAAGCUGAUGCCAGACCAAGUCUCAAUCUUGAAAGUCGUUUAGAUCAUGAUGGAGAUCCUCUUGCUAUUACUGCCUCUGAUACAGUUAUUCCUAAUGGUGUUCCCACAUGGAACUGGAGAGACAACCCUGGAAAUGGAAAGAAUGGUGGUGGCACAUAUUAUGGGAGGGUUAUAUCUGUUAAAUGGGGCAACUAUACUAAAAGGAUUGGCAUAGAUGGAAGUACUGAUGCCAUAAAACAAGCUAUCAAGUCGUCAUUUAGGAUAAGAACAAAGAGAGCAUUUUGGCUAGAAGAUGAAGACAAUAUAGUUCGGGCACUGGACAGAGACAUGCCUCUAGGGAACUACACUCUUCACCUUGAUGAAGGAUUGACAAUUAAAGUGUUCGUCUAUGAGGAGGCGGAUCAUAUGCCAGUCCACACGGAGGAUAAGACAUUGUACACAGAAGAUGAUUUCCGCGAUUUCCUUUCUCGUCGCGGGUGGACUUGUUUGAGAGAAUUUAACGGUUUCAGAGACAUCGACUCCAUGGAUGACCUUUGUCAUGGUGCUAUUUAUAGAGGCGUGAACUGAAUCCACCUGAAAGAAAGCUCCAUCUUCUUCGUUGCCUGUUUUUGUACUUUAGAAAUGGGAUUGUUUUUAAAUCACUCACUUGGUUCAAUGAUUUAGAUUACGCUAUGAAGAUUUAUUGAAAAGAAGGUACUGUGUAUAAAGUGCAUGGUUUGAAACAAUUGAAAAGAAGGUACUAUUUUCAGUGCUUGUGUAAUGUAACUAAUUCAUUUGUUCUUAUUUGGAAUCACAGCACAACAGAGCUUCUAGCAAAGUCAAAUGAUUUAUAAGUGGCCUAAAUCCUUUAUUUCUGUAAGUUUCUUAUAAAUGAUUUUGUAUGAUUAAUUUACUUUGUAGAAAAAGUAGCCACUUUAA